GUGAAAGCAAUUUUGAAACAGAGUUCUGAGGGUAAAAUGGCUUCUCAACACCAGACUCACGGUCUGAUCGAGGAGCUAAUUUGUCCGGUUUGUCUGGAUCUCCUCAUUGAUCCGGUUAUCCUGGAGUGUAGCCACAGCUUCUGUCGCUCCUGCAUCACACGGUGCUGGGAAAAUCAGGGACCAAACACCUGUCCUGUGUGUCAGGAGACUUUCCCGGAAAUGAAUCUCAGGACCAAUCGGGCCCUGGCCAACCUGUCAGAGAAAGCUCAGGAAUUGAGGCUGGCCCCGAAGGAGACAGGCAUUAAACGUCGCUGUGAGAAGCACCAGGAAGAACUGAAGCUGUUCUGUGAAAAUGACAAGAAAUUGAUGUGUUUAGUUUGCAAAGGUUCCCGGGAACACAGAGGUCACAGCUUCCUGCCCAUUGACGAAGCUGUUGAAAUCUAUAAGGAUAAAGUGAAAUCCUCCUUAGCUUCUCUCACGCAGAGGAAGGAUGCUGCUCUACGAGUUAAAGACAAACAGAAACAAAAGAUUUCACAAGUUAAGGAACAGGCGAACAGUCUGGAGAACCAUGUCACGGCAGAGUUUGCUAAAAUGCGCCAGAGCCUCAAUGACAGAGAGCAGCGUGUAAUCCGAGAGCUCAGAGAGCGAGAGGAAAAGAUUUUACACCAAAUGGAGAAUAAUCUGCAGCAGAUUCAGGACAAAUUAGAUUUUACUGAACAGAAUCUCUCAGCAUUACAGAAACAGAUGAAAAAAGACUCUCUCAGCUUUCUGCAGGAGGAAAGUGCUCGGAAGAGAAGGAUCAGUGCUGAUGGUUUUGUGCUGUCAGUGUCUGGGGGGGAUCUGCCUGUGGGGAUAUACAAAGGGCCUCUACAGUACACAGUCUGGAGAGAGAUAAUACACAGCAUCAGCCCAGCUCCGGCCGCUCUGAUUCUGGAUCCUGACACAGUCCAUCCUCAGCUCAUCCUAUCUGAGGACCUGACCAGUGUGAGAGACGGAGACAAAUUGCAGCCACUUCUCGACACCCCAAAGAGGUUUAAAAACUGGGCCUUUGUCCUGGGAUCUGAGGGCUUCACAUCGGGGAGACAUUACUGGGAGGUGCAGGUGGGCAACAAGACUGGGUGGAUUGUGGGAUUGGCCACAGAGUCUAUCAACAGGAAACAAACAAUCACAUUGUCACCAGAGGGUGGGGUCUGGGGGGUGAGGCUUGGGGACGGGGUCUAUCAGGCUCUAACGUCACCUCGUACCCCCCUGACCCUGACAGUGGGACCCGGGAAGAUUGGGGUGUUCCUGGACUAUGAGGGGGGACAGGUGUCAUUUUACAACGCUGACAAUAUGACUCAUCUCCACACUUUCACCCAAACUUUCACUGAGAAAUUUUAUCCUCUGUUCAGUCCCAAGUGUAAUCUUGAUGGGAAAAACUCUGAGCCUCUGAGAAUCUGCCGGUUGUAAGACAGUAACAGUGACAGUUUUUACGGGAGUGUGGGUGCUGUGUGGAUGGAAUUAAACAAACAAACUUUAUAAAA